CUCCAAAACGACGUCGGAGUGCGCUUUUAUUUUGAAGGAACUCUUUGGACUGGGCACGGUUGCGGAUGAUUUUGUUUUAUUAUUGAGGGACAUCCCAAAGAAGGAAUCCAUUUUUUUUUUUUUUUUUUUUUUUAAUCAAUUGAAUUUAAUGAUUGUUGCUUUCCCGAGCGAUCAUCUGCCGAUAGUUUGGCUUUCAUUUGAUUUGCAGUGGUUUGUUUUCCCUUCCGUAUGCGAUGAUUUGUCUCCGUUUUCUUUUCCUUCAUGACGACGCAAACAAAGUAAAGAGUUGUUUCCAAAGGUCUUCGGCGUCCGGUCUCCCCAUCCUGCCGCUUUUCCGCUCGUCGUUUCGCCGUCUUCGGUUCCGAGCUGCCCGAUUCCGCUCAAAACCUCGGGCGUGUCUUUGGUCCCGGGCGUCAUAAAUCUUUUUUUUUUUUUUUUUUGCAGGUGUUGGAAGUCAGGCCGUUUCCUCUUUUGGAGCGCCGGAGAGCGCUUCGGCCCGGUUUCGGCGGUCCAGUUCCGUUUAUCGGGUUUGCAGGCGGGCGGCCGUGUAUUGCGUCUUUUCUGCGACGGGGUUUGUUUUGGCGUCUUUUCCUUCAGCCCAAAAAAUUGUUCUUUGGUCCACACGGGGGAGACGACGAGUCACAAUCGGCUCUCAGAAAGAAAAAAGAAAAAAAUUCUGGUCCGUUUUUUGUCUUCUGACACUUUCGGGUUGGCAAAUGUUUGAAAAGGUUUUGAAACAUGAACGCAGCUUUCAACAUUUGUGAGAUUCCUCGCAGAGUCCCAAGCGACUCGUUUGUGCUGUUUUUGUCUCCCAUUGCCUGUGUUUUUUUUUUUUUUGUUUUUUUUUUUUUUUUCGGUUGACGCAGCAGUGGCAAACCUUAAAUGAGUGUCGCCGUUGGUUUUGUUCAUACUUCUUUACAAAAAUUCCAACGUGAGCUUUUGUGACGGCGCGUCGACGACGAUGUGCCGCAAGUGCUUGUGGCGCUCUUGCGCAAGCGACUUUUCAUCCAGGAAGUUCAGAACCAGUCGGAGCGGGAACGGAAUGAACGCUGCGUUCGUCGUCGUCGUCGUCGCCGCCCGAGGGCUAACGUCAACGGACGUUGGACUUGUGGUUCUGGGCCUGUUGGGGGGCCUCGCCUCGCCUCGCCUCGCCUCGCUCCACGUUCCACCUCCUCCUGACGUGGGAGGAAACCGGAAUGCCCACCUAGAAAAAAGCCACACAGAGGACGUGCAAACUUUGGACGGGCUGGAUUCGAACCCAUUGCUGGGCAACCGAUCAUCGGAUGUCUGCUGAUCUUCGGGGCGGUGAAGGCCAGCGUCUUCAGCGCGCAGAUGUCGGCGGUGGGCGCCCCGGGCCUGGGCUGGGUGUGGGUGUUCGCCAUCGGCGUGCUCGUCGUCUCCUCUCUGGGAAUCUACGCGGGAAUAUCGGAGAAGGAGCUCGCCCUCAAGAUCUUUGCCGGCUUCAUGGCGGCGGGGAUGGUCAUCAUGCUCAUCUUCGGCAUCGUGGUGGUGGUCAUGAGGAACAAGGUGCGGGACGGCUUCAGCGGCGCCUCGGCCGAGGCGGCCGAGCCCUUCAUGGCGGAGGAAGGCUUUCGGGCCGUGCUUCAGCAGAUGCAGGAGAGCGCUCACUGCUGCGGCUUGGCGAGCGCCGGCGACUGGGGCGACGACAUCCCGAGCUCGUGCGCGUGCCGACCCGGAUUGGACGGCUUCGGAGGCUUCGGAUCGUUCGGACACACCGGCUGCAAAGCCCGCCCUCAGGGAACCACGGGGCCCGAUCGGAUCUACCAACAAGCCUGCGGCGAGGUCCUCGUCACCUACGUCGACUACUUCUUCAACAUCGCCAUCGGCUUCCUGUUCGGCUUCGCCGUCACCGCCCUUCUGGGCCUGCUGGUGUCGCUGCUGAUGUUGCACCAGAUCCGCCGUCACGACCGCGGCGCCGCCUCCGCCUCCCCCGUGCCCAUGAAGACCUACUGAGUCCACAUCUGCGCUUGAUGUACCAAAAAAAAAAAAAAAAAAUUUUUUUUUUCCAGCCGCCUGCUCUAUAACGACGAGUCUGCUUUUGCUGCAAGUUUUAUACCUUUUGAUACCAUUUAACAGAAGAUAUUAAGUAUUCAGGAGACCAACUGUUUUGAUGACAUUUUGACAAAAUAGAUUUAUUGUGCCCAUUUCUUUGUGACGUCAGAGGGACAACAUUAAAUUGUCUUUUUAUG